AUGAAGUUUCUCGAGCUAAGGGGCAAGGCCCUAAUCGCUAUUAUCCUCAUGACUUCUGGUCUUGACUUUUUGCUAUUUGGCUAUGACCAAGGGCUCUUCGGUGGCAUCCUCGGCGGCGACCGCUUCAAAGACACGCUCGGUCGCCCAAAUCCCACCAUGACAGGCCUCGUCACUGCAAUCUACGACAUCGGAUGCGCGCUCGGUGCGGUCGUAGCGUUUGUGUUUGGCGAGAGGAUUGGGCGCAAGAGAUCGAUUAUCUUGGCAAACGUCAUUGUCAUUGUCGGGGCUGCGAUUCAGACGGCAUCGUUCGAGUACUGGCAGAUGUUUGUGGCAAGAAUCAUUGGCGGUGUAGGCGUUGGUUUGUCGACUGUUGCUGUCCCGAUUUUGCAGUCUGAGACGCUGCCUGCGCAUAAUCGUGGUGCAUUACUGGUCGUGCAGUCUGCGCUCAUCAUUAUUGGAGUUGCGAUCGCGUCGUGGCUCUGUUUUGCGACAUUAUAUGCAGAAAGUUCGCUGCAGUGGCGCUUUCCCGUUGCGUGUCAGAUCCUUUUCUCGGCACUUGUCCUGUGUCUAUGCCCGUUCCUGUGCGAGACACCUCGUUGGCUUGCGCAGAAGGGGAAGAUUGAUGAGGCCAAACACGUCAUCUCACGCCUCCUCGACAAGCCCCUCGACGACGACGAAGUCAUCGGCCAACUCCAAGAAAUCCUCACCAUCAUCGAAGCCGAAUCCCAACUCGAAGAACCCAGCUGGUCCGAAGUCUUCAGCAACAACACCAAGACGCGCAACCUGCAUCGUGUGAUCCUAGGCAUGGGACCAUACCUCUUUAACCAAUGGAGCGGUGUGAACGCGCUGUGCUACUAUCUCGCCGUCAUUCUUCAAGACUACCUAGGCUACUCCCCCAGCAUGUCUCUCAUCCUCGCCUCGGUAGCCUUCACACAAUACGCCCUCUUCUCCUGGCCACCAUACUUCUACAUCGACCGUAUCGGGCGUAGGAUGUGCGUCAUGCUCUCUUCCGCCGGCUGCGCAGCCUGCAUGGCGAUCAUCGCCGGCACGCUGGCGAACAACAGCUUCUCUUCUGCGGCCGCAGCGGUCGCUUUCAUGUUUCUCUUCCUCGACUGCUUCACACUGGGUAUCCUUCCGGUAUCCUGGUCGUAUUCGGCGGAAAUCCAGCCGUUGCGCGUACGCAACAAAGCCACCGCCGUCGGGGUGUUUUCGCACUGGAUGUCGAAUUUCGUCGUCGUGAUGGUCACGCCCAUCGGCCUUUCUUCUAUCAGGGGCCAUUAUUUCUGGGUCUGGGCCGUCGUGUGCGCAAGUUUUGUGCCGCUGACGUAUUUCUUUGGGGUGGAGACGAGUGGACGCUCCUUGGAGCAGAUUGAUGAGAUGUUUUGGGAGAACUCGAGGGUGUGCAUGGGGUUGAAUCCGGAGAAUAGGAGAGUCGUUAGGGCGAGUCGGAGUGAUGAAGAGGAGAGGUAUAGGACGUUUGCCAAGGGUGGGGAGAAGGUGAGUGUGGAAAUGCGGGAGGAUGCGCAGAGCUACUAG